AUGGUAAUGGUGCAAGCUAUAGAUGUGUCUCUUAACAAGUUCUCAAUUGAAGUUCCAGCCUCACUAUCAAGCUGCACAAACUUGCAAUAUUUGAAUCUUUCAAGGAAUUCAUUUUAUGGGCCAAUACCAACAUCAAUCACAGAACUCAAAAAUCUUUUGGACGUUGAUCUCUCCAAUAACAAUUUUUCAGGUUCAAUUCCAAUGGCUUUUGGAGAAAUGAAAACACUUCAACAUAUCAAUCUCUCUUCAAACAAAUUAACAGGAGAGGUUCCAGAGCAAGGAGUUUUUGCAACAAUUGAUGAGUCAACAAUUAUGGGAAAUCUUGGCCUUUGUGGAACAUGGAUAAAAUUAUCACCAUGCUCUCAUUCCAAGCACAAACAACCAUUAGUUAGCAAGAAGGUGAUAAUUCCUAUUGUGGUCGGCACUAGAAUUUUCAUUCUGUCUUUUCUAUUGUUUAUGUUUUCCUAUAGAUGGAGACAAAGAAAGAUUCUUGAUCUCAAAGUGUGGCCCUUACGAAUUUCAUAUGCAGAACUUGUAGAUGCAACUGAUGUCUUUAGUGAGGCAAAUCUAAUAGGAAUCGGUAGUUUUGGAUCUAUCUAUAAAGGGAUUCUAAAAAAUGGUACAAAUAUUGCUGUCAAAGUUCUCAAUUUACAAGAUGAAAAUGCUCUCCAAACUUUUAAUAGAGAAUGUAAUGAGUUAAAAAGAGUCAGGCAUCAAAAUGUUAUUAAAAUCAUUUCAACUUGUUCCAACCUUGAAUUUAAAGCAUUGGUUCUUCCAUUCAUGUCAAAUGGAAGUUUGGGGAGAUGGCUUUACCCUAAGGGAGGAGAUGAAUGUAAAUUAAAUCUGGCUGACCGAUUAAGAAUAGCAAAGGAGAUAGCACAAGGAAUGCAAUAUUUGCAUCACCAUUGCUUUGUGCAAGUCAUACAUUGUGAUAUAAAACCCAAUAAUGUGUUGUUGGGGGAUGGCAUGACUCCAUGUGUAGUAGAUUUUGGCAUUGCCAAACUUCUAUUUGGGAAUUCAAUGAAUUCAUUGACUUCUACAAAUGCACUAAAUGGAUCUAUUGGCUACAUUGCACCAGAUUAUGGAGUGGGUGGAAUGGUUUCCACAAAAGGAGAUGUAUACAGCUAUGGAGUUCUUCUUUUAUAG